CGGGGUGGCUGUAUAGGAGAAAUAGUUUUGGCCGAACGACAUGAUGCCGAUGGAGACUACGAUUGCACCACCCUCCACGAAAGCCGCGACGACGACGACAGUUUCCUCUGCCGCAGAAUAUGGGAAACUAACCCCUUUGAACCCGGACGACUUAAAGCUGCCGCCUCCUCCACCGAGCGCCGCCGCGAAGGUCCGCAAGGACAACGAUGCAAUGUCGCUCUCCGAAGUGUGGGGCGAGAUCAAGGGCAAAUUCCACGAGAGCGUGACCGGGACGUCAGUGUCGGGCAUCUUGAACGCGAUUCGCGUUUGCAACUUCAUCAUGGCAGGAGGCAUGAUCGCCAUUGCCAUCUUGGAAAUGCUCAACAAGAAAAGCUUCGGCAGCGCCAUCAGCAGCAUCAUGGCCGUCGUCUACACCAUUUUGUUUGGCCUGAUCUUGAUCGGGUACGAAACGCGCACCAAGUCGGGCGAUGACUUUUUGCGCGCCAACUACGGCUUCCUGUACAACCCAUGGGGCCGGUGCUUGUUCCUGUGCAUGAUCUCCAUCUUCCCCUUUGGCAUGUUCAGCCCCUACGGGUGGUUGUUUUCGAUUUUUGGCUUUGCCAACGCGUACUUCAACUACUUUGUCAUCACCAAGCAUCCUUCAUUCACCAGCGGCGUUCCGGACUACGAACCCCCUGUCGUGAACACAGUUGUGUAACUGCGACACGGAGACUGACGGCUAUUUUAUCAUCUAUGGACAUACACGUGCGCCGCUUGCGAAGCGUUAACUUCCGUACAUAAAUGAUGUGAUUUUGCUCA